AUGAGCAACUCCAACUUUGCCUUAGAGGGGCCCCCCGAGGACCCUCAGGGGCCCUUUGGAUCUUCUCCGCGGCACUUCAGCACCCGCAAGAGUUCUGCUGCUGCUGCUGCUGCUGCUGCAGCAGCAGCUGCUGCUGCUCACGACGGCGCUGCUCUGCCCCCGCAGCCAUCUUCGGAGGCCUGGGGAGACCCGCAGCAGCAGCAGCAGCAGCAGCAGCAGCAGGAGGAGCAGCAGGGCGCUUCGGGGCUUCACAGCGGCCCAGUGCAGCUCUCCGCUGCGUCAGCAGCAGCAGCAGCAGCAGGAGGAGCAGCAGCAGCAGGGGUUUUGGAAGAAAGCGUUUUGCUGCAGGCCCCUUUUGCUGCUGCUGCUGCUGCAGCAAUGGGCCCCCGCGAAUACUUGGAAGCAGCAGUUGUCCCCGCGCUGCUGCCAGCUCUUGCUGCUCUUUGCGAAGAAAGGCCGGAGGCCCCGCUGCAGUACCUCGCCCACUACCUUCUCGAGAAAAGCUACUCUGCUGCUGCUGCUGCCAGCCGCUGA